AUGAGGGCGCACAAGUACAAGAAUCCUUUGCUUCUAGAAUAUGUUGAUGACUUACAAUCAAAUGAUGUUCCUAACCAUAGCAUUAGAAACAUAUUAAGAGAUAUGCAUGGAGGUGAGGAGAAUAUAGCGAUGACAGAUCGAGAUUUGGAAAACCGAAAGACGGCUAAUAUGAGGGCGGAGCAUGCAAAUGACGUCAACAAGUCUGCUGGAAUUCUUCAAAGCGUGAGGCGAAAACCCCAAUUCAUUUGGGAGGCAAAGGUUGACUUGAAUGGAUAUCAAGAUUCAGCAAUGGAAGCAGCAAUCAAGAAGGAGUUUCCAGGGAUAACUCACAAAAUAUGCAGGUGGCAUGUAGUCAACAAGCUAUCAGCCAACCUGAAUGAAUUGUAUAGCAUGUAUGAGACAGAAGACUUCAAGGAAAAAUUUAAUUAUGUGCUAAACCAUCCACUAACACCAGGAGAGUUCGAGGAGGCAUGGAAGGAACUAAUAAUAGAAUUUAAUCUAGAAAAAAAUAGUGCACUUCAGAGCCUUUAUGAUCAACGCAGCAGGUAUAUCCCCACGUAUUUCAAAGGUGAAUAUUGUGGAAGAAUGGCUUCUACACAGCGCAGCGAAAGCACUAAUUUUAUUAUGAAGAAAUGUUUUGUGGGAAAGAAAACAGCAUUGCACCGGUUUGCAAAGCAAGUGCUGAAUUUUGUGCAUACAAGGAAGAUGAAGGAAUCUGCAGAGACUUACCAGGGAACGAGCAAGACGAAGAGCAAAUGGGAAUUCGAGAUACAAAUGGGAAGAAUUUACACUAGAAAUGUGUUUAAAGACUUUAAGAAGAAAGUAGUAGACUGCACUGCAUAUAAGAUUGUGGACAAUACUGAAGCAGGAAGAAAUUGCUACCUAAAAACAUUUAGGCAAGAUGAUAGGGAGAGGGGGGGUCAGCAUGAUGUGUGGGGGAACGGAGAGGGUACACAGGGGAGCAGGCAAACAAAUAAUGCACUUGGCACAGUAAUUGACACAUGUCAUGAUCAUGUUGAUAGAGUAGCAGCAGAGAUUAAAAUUAUAGUACAGCCAUUCCCCUUUGCACCUCUAUUUGGUGGAGCCGAUGCAGAGGUUAUACCAGGAGAGGACGGUAACCUCUCGUCUUGUCGCAAAGGGACCUCAUACCUAAAUGGGCAAUGA